AUGGCAGUGGGCAUAGUGGCGGGCCUCACUGGCUCAGACGAGGGUCUCGGCAAACUGUUACCAGAGGCUGACGUCAUCGCCGCUGCCCUGCUGCCGCUGCUCUCAGCCAAUAAGGUGCAGCCUACGUUCCACCUCACUCUCUUCCCUACGGAAAUCUCCCUGCCAUCCGCUCAAGCCCUGGAAAUCUCCCUGCCAUCCGCUCAAGCUUUGGUGAACCUGUCCCAGCACGAUGUGGCAGCAAAGGCUGUGAUUAAAGCGAGGGGGGUGGAGACAGCAGGGGGGAUGGCCGUGGGUCGAGGGGGAGCAGGAGGGGGAGGGGGAGGGGGGAAGGGGAAGAAUGCAGGGUUGAUGGUGAUGCUGCUGGCGAAUCUGACUCAGCUGGACGAAGGAGCAGAGAAGCUUCUUGAGCCCAGUGGGUCCGUGCCGCUCCUCGCCUCCCUCACAAGGCGAUUCGCUACGAGUGCUGACAGGGAGGAGGGGCAGGAGGACGAGUACGAGCACGUGGCCACCAUUCUAGUCAACGCCACUCGGCUGGAAGCUGCCAGGAAGCUGCUCCUGGAUCCGGAAAAGAAGCUUCUGAGACAGAUCCUGCCUCAGACGUCGUCUCCAAACCGAAUCCGCAGUCAAGGAGCCAUGGCAACAGUUAGAAAUUGCUGCUUUGAUGCGAGUUCAGGGGCCCUGCCCUCGCUGCUGCUCCUUGCUGACCUGCUCUGGCCGUCGCUGCUGCUGCCCCUGGCCGGGACGAGAGUAUACAGCAAGGAGGACAGGGACCAGAUGCCGCCAGAGCUCGCCGUACCGCUGUCCAUGGAACGCCCCCCUGUGACAGACGCCAAGCUACGGGCCGAUGCUGCUGAUGCUCUCUUCCUCAUUUCUUCUGAGGAAGCGGGCAGAAAAGCUCUGUGGGCUGUGCACGGCGCGAGAAUACUCCAGGUGGGCUAUGAGGAUGAGGAGGAUCCAACGGUCAUGGAGGCCAUGGAGAGGGUUGGGUCACUGGUGAGUGGAUGGGGAUGUGAUGUGGUGGUAUGGUGGGAUAGUGGCAAGAUGUGUUCUGUCAUGUGGAUGAUGAUCAUUCACAUGAUGUCCUGA